AUGUCGCUCUUCGGCCAAGCCAAACCCUCGCUCUUUGGGCAAACUCAGACCGUACAGACUCCGCAACCGGUACAGCCCUCGAAUUUUCCCUAUUGGCAGGGUCAGAAUCUAAAUGGAACUCAGCAGCAGGCAAACACACUUGGCGCCUCCAUGGUCCAACAACAACAGUCUCAACAGAUGCCCACGCUGUCCCAGUCACAGGCUCAGCUGUCCAACUCACUAUGGCAGCCCGGAAAGGAGACCCCCCACCAGAAGCCUAUCCUCGAGCAGAUGAAGCUCGUGACCGAGAAAUGGGAUCCCGCGAAUCCUAACUGUGUCUUCAAGCACUACUUCUACAACAAAGUCGACGAGUCCCACGUCCCCUUCUACAAGCCCCAAGCCCACGAGGACCCCCGGGAGUGGGAGGAAGCUUUGCAGAACAAGCCCGCGCCGGGAUUCAUGCCCGUUCUUUGUUCCGGAUAUGCUGGCGUCGCCGAUCGUCUCAAGACACAAAAGCGAGCCGUGUCCGACUUCAACACGCGCCUUCACCAGGUUAAUGGCAGCCUCGAUGCAAUCCUCCAGCGCCACGAACUUGAGACCGAGGUGCGCGCCGUCGCAGCGCGUCGACGACAGACGACCAUCAGUGAGCGGUGCCUGGCACUCGCCGCUCGGGUCCAGGUCCUGCGGAAUCGUGGCUAUGCGUUGAGUGGCGACGAGGACGACCUGAACAGCCGGCUACAGAACCUGGAGAGGGAGGUGCAGGAUCCCGCCGUUGGUGCGCGGGAAGAGGAGCUGUGGAGCAGACUCAUCGUUCUGCGAGGGUAUGCGGAUCAGUUGAACAAGGAGAUGGAUAAGCCUGCAGGAGGAGAUGGCGAAGCUCUGGACCCCGAGUUGGAAGGCAAGGCGAAGAGGGUAUUGGAGGACUACGAGAAGCAGAUUCAGCAUCUGAAGAAGGAGCUCGAAGCUUUGGGUGUCGACUACACGCAGUGGGAAAAGGGCAGAAACCCUCACUCGCGGUCGAGGUAA